UCCGGUCCCCGCCUUUCCCGUCUGCUUUGUCCGUCCUUCCUUCUCCUGCUGAAGGCGUGCUCGGUGGUAUUUCCUUCCCCCGCCAUGGCGGACUCUGGGAUGAUGGUUCCGGAGCGCUGCCUCACCGACGACGAAAUGGCGGAGGUGAAGAAGGAAGUUUUAGAAUGGCUGCGAGACUAUCUGUGUGACAAAAUAAUUGCAGACAGACACUUUGAUUAUCUACGUUCAAGGAAAAUACUCAGUAGAGAGGACACUGAAGAAAUCUCUUGUCAAUCUUCAAGUAGGAAGAAGGCUGGGAAGUUGUUGGAUUACUUAGCAGAACAUCCAAAAGGACUAGAUGCUUUGGUAGGAUCCAUCAGACGUGAAGGAACACAGAACUUCCUCUUAGAAAAGAUAACUGAUGCUGUUUUGAAAGCAAAAAAUGAAAAACUAAAAAGCCUUAAAGGACUGGGCUGUAGCAACUGCAUGGCUACAGUAUGUCAGCAAACCAACAAUCUCUCUAGGUCCCAGUCAAAUGACUCAAAUGUGUUUGAAAGCCGAAAAGACAGAGAAACAACCUACGUUCCUACUGGAGAAUAUAGUACAGCUGCAUUCGUAUCUGCUGCUUCUCUUUGUUCAAUGAAUUUACCUAUAACAGAAGUUGGAAGUAUGGAAAAUUCAGUUUUCUCAGCCACCCUUCCUGGACCUGGCGAUUCUGGGGCUCCACCUCUUCCACCACAAUUGCAGAACGAACAAGAGGAAACAUGUACAACCUCAAGUGACAAUCCCUUUCUGCCUUUAAGAUCCCGCUCACUUCUUCCUCAGUGAACUCGUUUUUUGAGUAGUUGAGUAAUACUAUAUUGGGUGCCUUGUGUAUUUCUACCAAAAAAAAUCUAAACUUGUAAAGCCAUGGUUCGAGAAAGUGCUGAAUAUCUUCAUUUUCAAAGAACUUACUGGAUCCAUUAAGUGUUUUAGGGAAUAUUUUUUUAAAUUAAAAUGAAAUGUUUUCUGUAAUUACUUUGACUGUUUAUUAGGUUGCUUUCAUUAAUUGUUCAUUUCACUGUACAGUCCUAUACAUUGUUCAGAAGAGAGUCCCAAGAUAACAGCCUGAAAGGCUCUUAAGGGUAGUCUUCUUUUUAAAAACAAUAUGAGGAUGGAGGGGAAGAUGUUAAAAUAGAAUUCUUAAAAGGGGAUUUUACAGAUUCUGUUUAAAACUACUGUAUAAAGUUCAUACUGAGGGCUGCUAUACUUUGCUUGACUAAUAUUAGUUAAAAGUGAAGAAGCCCUUAACAAAGAGGGGAGAGCAUUGCUUGUAUUGCAACAGGGUGGUGACUGGUUGAGUGCAAAAAGAUUGCUUAGUAAUCUGUCAUAGGGUGUUUCCCUUUUCUGGUGUAUGUUCAUUUGACUGAACAAAUCCCUCAUUUCUUCAUUUGGUAAAUACUGUUGGAAUCAGAUACAAUCUUCUGAGUAACCUUUGGUUCAGUUAAACGUCAAGGGGAGUUUAAGGAUGUACUUAACAAUAUAAUGUUUGACUGGCUAAAGUAAGUAAAAACAAACAUUCUGGGUACUUAGCGUUCAUAGUCUUAGCAAUUUCAGACCAUGGUGCUUAAAAUAUAAUUACUUUACUGUGAGAACAUGUUCCAGUCAUCUCGGUGGAGCUUAUCUCAAAUAGCUAUGUGUACAGUUGCAUUUUUAAGCAAAAAUCUUUAAAAUCUCUUUUAAAAAAAAGUCUUCACUUUUCCAAGGUAAAACAAAUCCAAAGAGACUUUCCACCAUGCAGUCACAAGGGGGACAUGUUUGUCUCCAAUUGCUAAAAUGAAAAUAUGGAAGUCUGUCCAAUUUCAAAAGUACACAAUUUAAAAAUGAGCAUUAUCCAAGUAGCAAACAAGUGUUACAUUUUUUGCCUUUUCUUUUCCGUUCUUUUGCUAUAGAUACUACAUAUACACUUUCUGGACCUCAGGGAAGCAGUACCUUUUGUAAUUUAAAAUUAAGAUUGUUUCAAGCCAACAGAAAGUUGACUUUCUUUGAGACUGCUGAUAUCAAGAAACGUGAUAAAUAUAUCUUUGUAUUUUUUUAAACAAGCAUUUGGAAUAAAAUGUGCAUUAAAUUACCAAGGUUAGUUACACUAACCAAUCUGUCCUGUGCAUGUUUACUCAGAAGCAAGUCCCAUUGAGUUCCGUACAGUUUAUUCCCUGAUAAGUGUGUAUAGGAUUUCAGGCCAGUAUUUUAUCGAUAUUUGAUAAGAGACUGAAGAAGUUUUAUGUAACAACAGAUUAGUCACUCUCUCAGAACACACUAGUCUGUCUUCAAUUCAAGAUGAGCUUGCUUUUGGACUGGAUGGCCCUAGUGGUCUCUUCCAACUCUAUGAUUCUAUGAUUUUGUUAAGUCUUUGAGACAGUGUGCCUGUUUCAUAACUUACCUUGGUCAAAGUUCCUUGGUGAUGUUUUUAUUUGAUAAAAAUGUAUUUGAUAGCCUGCUGUAUAUGUUGGUAAAUAAUAAGCAAAUUUAUGUUUA